AGCGCGGGCGUAUUGUUCCGGGAAGCUGCCUGCUACACAGGGGACAAUAAUCGUCGGCGGACCAGACGCUGAGUGGGGCGGGAGAGACCUUGCGGAACUGGGGUGACGUUCAAGCAUGGAUCCAAGCAGUGAAGGAUGUACAAAAAAGGUCAGCAGUGUGAAUAUUGACAAACUUAUAAAGGAUUUCUUGCACUUAGAAAAGAAAAUAAUAGAAACCACUGGAAAGAAUAAUGUACUGGAGAUUCAGUUGGAAAAGACCACCUGUUUAUUAAAAGUAAUGCAAACAAAGGAAGUCUCAUUUAAAAAAGAAUGUGCUGCUCUUCAUGAUAUGAUAAAAGGGCUACAACAGACUAUUGAAUAUCAACACAAUUUGAAAGGUGAAAAUGAACAACUAAAAAGAAAUGCUGAUAUGACAAAGGAAAAGCUAAAAUCUCAAGAACAGGAAUAUAAGAAUAAUAUCACCAAACUUGCACAUGAAAUGAAAAUCAAAGAGGACGAACAUAUGAUAGAAAUAAGCAGACUUUAUCAAGAUAUGCAGAAAAAAGUUGAGUUAAAUGAAGAAAAGCACAAAGAUCUAAUAAAGAAAAAGGAGAUGGAAAUUUCAGAAUUAAACGCAAAGUUAGUAACUCAAGAAAAGGAAAAGCAAAAUGAAAUAAUCAAACUACAGCUGGAGUUCGAUGCCAAACUAGCAAGACUUCAGACUAAAUCAAAAGCUUAUCCAGAUGCUACUAUUUCCCCACAAAGUAUCUACAGAAGGAAGCUUCAACAUCUUCGAGAAGAAAAAGACAAGGAAAUUGCACUUCUUCGUAAUACCAUUCAUGAUUUGGAGCAGCGCCUUUCUAUUGGCAAAGAUUCUCACCUUAAGCGUAGACGAUUUUGAAUAUAACAAUAAAUUCAUUAAUUAGUAUUUACUUUUUAAAAA